GCCGUAAUACACGGGAAAAGACAUCAAAACCGCCGAAAGCGACGUAUCCGGCAGCAUACCCAUCCACGAGGCCACCAUAGACUGGGGAAUCCUCUACACCAUCCUCAACGGCCGGCUCAACGUCGUCCAGACGUGCAGGAAGGUCAAGGAGGAUUUACAACGUCUAAGCAAGUCCCAAAAGAGCUCUUUGGCCGUCUGGGCUGUUGCACAAGCCGAGCUGCCCCCUCCCCCCCCCCGGGGAAAUGCGCUCAAAUCAGGGAUUUCGCAACCCAGAUCCUCCAGCGGGUCAGGGAAACCCAUCCGCUCGACAGGAAGUAG